AUGAAUAAUUCAAAUAUUGCUCGACCUAUACCUUUAAAUCCUCAAUCAACAACAGAAAUUAAAAUUGAUAAACAGUCGACAUCAUGGUCAUCAUCAUCAUUAGAUCGUUUACAUACAGAAGCAAUAAUUCAUUAUAAAGCAUUACAAAUUCUACAAGCACAAUUUUCUCUUAUACCUCCACCACCACCACUGCCUCCAGCAAUUCAUCCACAUGCUCUUGCUGCAAUAUUUUCUUCGUCGAAUUCAUUAAAUUCAAGUUCAAAUUCUUCAUCAUCAUCAUCAUUAACACCUGUUUCUUUACGUAAAGAAUCAUCGGAUAAAUGGUGGAGUGUUAAUGAAUAUUCAUCAAGUUUAUUUGGUUAUGUAACACGACGAUGUAAACGUUGUCGUUGUCCUAAUUGUAUUAAUCAACCAUCAACCAUAUUAACUGAUUCAUCAACAUCAAAACGUCAACAUAUAUGUCAUAUAUGUAAAAAAAUUUAUGGUAAAACAUCACAUUUAAAAGCACAUUUACGUUGGCAUGCUGGUGAACGUCCAUUUCGUUGUACUUGGAUUUUUUGUUCUAAAGCAUUUACACGUUCAGAUGAAUUACAACGUCAUUUACGUACACAUACAGGUGAAAAACGUUUUGCUUGUUCAAAAUGUGGAAAACGUUUUAUGCGUUCUGAUCAUUUAUCAAAACAUUCAAAAACUCAUGAUAUAUCAUCAUCAACAAUAACAAUUGAUCAUCCACCAAUAGAACUUAUGGAAACAACUAUGGGAAUUAUUAAUAGUACAAGUAGUGAUGAAAUAUCAUCACAUGAAGAAGAAGAAGAAGAAGAAGAGGGCGAAGAUGAUGAGAUUAUUGAUGUGCAAUAUUAA